AUGUCUGGCACAAAAUCUGAAACUCAGUUCUCCUCCAACUCCAGGGUAGUAAUUGUGGUCAUCCUGUGCUGUUUUACCUUGUUUUUGAUUCUUACGCUUGCUGUUUUCUGGGGGGUGCAGAUAUAUUCAAGGCUGGUGCUACCAUUAUUUCCAAGAUCCUGGAGUCAGGAAUUCGGGACCAGUGGCAACAAUGACCUUCCGCCCUCGUACGACGAGACCCGGCUAUCAGACAACCCCUAUGUCUACCCAGGAAUAAAGCCGUCGUAUUCCAUUCAGGAGUUGAAGCUGCUGCGGUGCUACCUUGAUCACAGAGGCAGGCUGUGCCAUGUUACUGUGGCGCAGCGGGUCGAUCCACAGACGAUGAAGGAAUACGACGAGAUCCAGCUUUCAGAGGACUGUCUGCCAGACUACAGUAGCGAUUCUUUGUCCCUCCAGGCUCCAAGUCCUUGCCACAACCCAGAAUCCAGGUAG